AUGCAGCUGAAAGAAGAGAGUGAAGUACUGAGUGAAAUGGAAGUGAAAGAACAGAAUGAGAAACAUCAUGAUUUCAUAACUGGAGAAAAAUUGUUUAGUUGCCCACAGACUGAAAAGACUUCCUCACAACAAAGAGCUCCAAAUACAGGCAUUAGAAAUGAUUUCUCCUGCUUUCAGUGUGGAAAGAUUUUCAGUCAACAUGGAAACCUUAAAGUCCACAUGAGAGUUCACACUGGAGAGAAGCCUUACACCUGCCAACAGUGUGGAAAGAAUUUCACUCAAACAGGAAACCUUAAGACCCACAUGAGAACUCACACUGAAGUCAGCUCUUUCAUCUGUCAUCAGUGUGGAAAACAUUUUAACAAAAAAGCAAACCUUCAAGUCCACAUGAGAAUUCAUACUGGAGAGAAGCCUUACACCUGCAAACAAUGUGGAAAGAGUUUUACACAUAAACCAGCUCUUAAUGCCCACGUGAGAAUUCACACCGGAGAGAAGCCUUACUCCUGCAAAGAAUGUGGAAAGAGUUUCAAUCAAAAACAAAACCUUAGAGUCCACAUGAGAAUUCACAAUGGAGAGGUCCCUUUUUCCUGCCAACAGUGUGGACAGUGUUUCACUCAAAAAGGAAACCUUAAAAAACACAUGAAAAUUCACACUGUAGAGAAGCCUUUCACCUGUGAACUGUGUGGAAAGAGCUUCGUCGUGGAACUAAACCUUAGGUAUCACAUGAACAUUCACACUGGAGAGAAGCCAUUUACAUGUGAUCUUUGUGGAAAGUGUUUCAGAUAUAAUGUAACCCUUAAUUCUCACAUGAGGAUUCACUCAAGAGAGGACUGUUUUAUAUGUAAUCAGUGUGGAAUGAGUUUCCCAGACAUGACACACUUCAAUAAGCACACAAUAAUUCACUCUGGAGGGAAACCUUUCAAAUGUCACCAGUGUGGAAAGAGCUUUCGAAUAAAAAAACCCCCUUAA